UUUACCUACCUUCUCACUUUUUUUUUUAUUCCUCAUAUUUAUUUUUUUUUUGUGUUGCCCGACCUUUUUUAUAUGAAGGCUUUCGCUCUUUUGUUGCUCUAAAAGUCUUGGCUUGAACGCUAUCUUGUAUUACUGCGCAUCGUGUCCGUGCUUACACCCUCUCUUUUUUUACUGGAGGUAGUGUGUAUACUAUACACACUCCGGACCAUACAACGUCCAAGACUAGAGACAACUCGUUGAUGAUAUAUCUGAGUGGGGAUUUUAACACCGGACAGUUCGAAAAGAGGCAGCAUCAUGAGCCUCAAUCUGCCAAUUCGAUCGUCCACGAGUCUGAGGAAUCAGGCUAGUAGGAAUUACUUCACCAACUAUACCCCGCCGUCUUCAACGGAAGCUGUCAAUGGCCCCGUACGAGAGCCCGCUCGGGAGCUCUUGACCGUCAAUGACCGCCUUAUCGUCGGAAUUGACUUUGGCACCACGUUUUCCGGAGUAGCAGCAGUAUAUACUUCGACGCCAGACGAUGUUGAGAUCAUUAAGACAUGGCCCGGUGGGAACGGCAUCACAUCGGACAAAGUCCCUACUGAGAUAUUAUACGACCUAUCACCCAAUGCGCCUUCGGGUACACCACCGAACGUAAAAUGGGGUUUCCAAUUCAAGCCCGAGGAGUCGCGGUUACGAUGUAUCAAGCUCUUCCUCGACCGGUCUCAGAAACUGCCCUUUUAUGUCAGCCCGCAGGAGACUGCCACCCAACUAAAGAAAUACAACAAAACCGUGGUCGACGCGGUUAGCGACUACCUCACUGAGAUCUACAAACACACUAUGAGCACCCUAACCCGGCGGUAUGGCGAAUCGUUUAUGGCAUCGACCAAUGUGGACUUUGUACUCACAUGUCCGGCGGUAUGGUCAGAUGCUGCGAAGAACACGACACUACAAGCUGCUGAGCGAGCUGGUAUGGGCGCCCAGGCGGACAUCCAGAUGGUCAGCGAACCUGAGGCCGCUGCUGUUUAUACUCUCAAGGCCAUUCAGCCGAAUCAUCUCAACGUGGGAGACAACUUCAUCGUAUGCGAUGCGGGCGGUGGAACAGUAGAUUUAAUUGCAUAUAAAAUCAUGUCACUAAAACCCCUAAAGGUGGAAGAGUCAGCUGUUGGUACGGGUGGUCUAUGCGGAAGUGCCUUCCUAAAUUACAGAUUCGAAGAACACGUCCGAAGCCGGCUCGGCCACAGUCGGUUCGAGGAGAUGAAGACGAAAAAAGCUAAAACUUGGCAGAUGGGUCUUCGAUAUUUCGAGGAGUUCGUCAAGAGGAAUUUCAAUGAAGAUGAAUAUUCAGAGGUCAACGUCCCCUUCCCGGGGCUUCCCGACGAUGAAGAGGCGCGACUCGACUCCGGUUUCCUCGUCAUGACAGCUGAAGAGGUCAAGGGCAUUUUCGAGCCUGUCGUCAAGGAGGUCUGUGAUCUUGUCCAAGGCCAGGUAGACGGUCUUCGUGCCAAAGGAGGCAUUGUAUCGGGGAUCAUUUUGGUCGGUGGUUUCGGCCAAAGUGAUUACCUAUACCGACGAUUAAAGGGGCACUUUACGAGUGCUGCCCCACCGCCAUAUACGGAACGACCCACACAUGCGAAUACGGCCGCCGCAUUUGACGGCAACGGUAAUAUCGAAGUUAUGCAGCCCGUCUACGCAUGGACGGCAGUGGUCCGUGGUGCCGUACUUCGGGGUCUCGAAGGUAAUAUGGUCAUUAGCAGAAAAGCACGUAUGCACUACGGAACAUCUUACGCAACAGUAUACGACGAGGAGAAACAUAGUGUUAGUGAGAGGUAUUGGAGCCCGUUGUGGGAGAGGUGGAUGGUUAGUGAUCGAAUGCAGUGGCAUAUAGCCAAGGGCGAAGCUAUAUCCCCCUUGACUCCCAUAGCCUUCCACUAUACACGCAACUUCCGCCCAGGUCAAUCCCUCGUCGUCACAGACGAUCUAAUCGCAUGCGAGGCGGAUACCCCGCCCGCCGCGUACUCGAAGCAGGAGCUUGCGCAUGUGUGUACCUUAACAACGGACCUGAGUGCUGUACCGCGGAGUCUAUUUACUCGACUUACGACAACUAGGGGUGUCGAAUUCGAUAAUUUGGAUUUUACGCUGGAGAUGACGGUCGAUUCGGCGGGGCUCGGGUUCGAGUUGAAGGUCGAUGGGGUUAGGUAUGGUAGGGUGGAGGCUGAGUUUCAUUAAGGGGAAGAAUACCCUAGCCUAUUGGCGGUGCGAGAGCAUAGCGAGUAAUGCUGGAUGGAUAAAAUUCUUGGAUGAGCCGAAGUUAUUACAUUAUUAGCGAUAUCGAAAUCUGGGGAUGGGGCGCAUCUUAUUGGGCAUGGCUGUUUUGUGUUGAGCAUGGAUGCCGUAUAGUAUAGGUAUCUAGGUAUAUCUAUGCCAUUGGAUCAGCAAGAACAUGAGAAUUCAUCAUUCGCUGUAACGUUCAGUUUGGGUGUCUUUUGGUCGGUGUCAUGGUAGCGAGUCGGGAUUGGUCCUUAGUAGGAAAGGCUCUUGGGGAACGGUGGUGAGUCCCACGGUCGGUAGGACAUGUUCGUUAUCUCGCGUAGUGGGAGGCCUUGUGAGAGAAAAGGGAAGG